AUGAGCCAUGUAUGCAUACAUAGUUCACACUUAAAUCACAAACGUAUGCAUAUUAGCUCUUUUUUUAGAGAGAAAGCAAAAUCCAACGUUUUAGGGUCCGUCGACGAAUGGAAGGUGAAGCUUUUCAAGCAUGAACUGCCGUUGGAACGCGAGGCUUCCUACAGUAGGGAUACUGGCAGCUGCAACCAGCGACGACGAAGCAAAAACCAGUAUAGCAUGUUUCGUCAGCGCAUCUGGCGUCUCCCCGAGGUGCUUUCAGGACGAGGCGCUCGAUCGCUAUCUUUUUUGACUGCGCCGCCACCAUUUCCAUCUCCUCCGGUGGUGAGCGAGCCAUGGCCGCCACGAGCAGCUGCAGAACCAUCAGUAGCGUCACCAUGCCGAGUGCCUUCUUAUGAACGCUCUCCAUGCCUCUCUCUCACAGGAUUUUAUGCUUCUCCCUGA